ACUAGGUGCAAGCUCAAACCCUCCUCCUCACUUCCACGCCUCUCCUCUCUUUACACACUUAGCUACCUCCCACUCUCGCAUCAUGUCUUCCGGUGGUGGCGGGGGAGGGGAUCAGGGCCGUCAUGGCCUCUACCACCAGCAUGGCCACGGCCAACUCACCCGCUACGAUGGCGCCGGCGGCUACGAGCUCAGCAACGACGACAUGGAGAGCUUCUUCUUCAGCCAGCCUGAGGGCGUCGGCGGUGGCGUGCGCGCCGACGAGAUCGCGCCGUACUCGAGCAUCACGAGCUACCUGCAGGGGUUCUUGGACCCCACCGGGCUAGCUCGGCAUCUCGACGUGCCGGCCAAGCACGAGCUGUCGGUCGACGUUAGGAGCCAUGACCAAGACAGCCAGGGCACCGGCAGCGCUGCUGGAGAAAGCGCGGCGCUGCUAACACCCAACUCAUCGGUAUCUUUCUCGUCCGGAGGCGGGGACGGUGAGGGAAAGUCUCGCCGGAGCAAGAAGGGCCGGGCGCAGGAGCCGGAUGACCAGGAGGAUGGGAAGGACCAUGAAGAUGGGGAAAGUUCCAAGACAGCGAAUAACAAACCCAAAAAGAAAGCCGAGAAGAGGCCGCGGCUGCCCCGCGUCUCCUUCCUCACCAAGAGCGAGGUCGAUCACCUCGAGGACGGCUACCGCUGGCGCAAAUACGGCCAGAAGGCCGUCAAGAACAGCCCUUAUCCAAGGAGCUACUACCGGUGCACUACGCCCAAGUGCGGCGUGAAGAAGCGGGUGGAGCGAUCGUACCAGGACCCGUCGACGGUGAUCACCACGUACGAAGGGCAGCACACGCACCACAGCCCCGCCAGCCUCCGGGGAAGCGCCGCGCACCUCUUUAUGCCCCCCGGACUCCACGGGCUCCCGCCGCCGCACCUCAUACCGCCGGGGGUGUUCCACCCAGAGCUGAUGAGCAUGAUGCGCAUGCCCUACCCAAGCCCUAACAUGCACCUGCUGAGCGUGCCACCGCCUCCCCAUCAUCAUCCAACCUCUCAUCCAAUGGCGGGAACUCUCCAGCAGUACCAUUUCACUGACUACGCGCUAUUGCAAGACCUCUCCACUUCCACAAUGCCCAACAACCCCUGACUAAUUAACUCCUUCAGAUACACUUAAUUAAUUAGUAGCUAGCUAGCCUAGUAGAUAUGCAUAUAUGAUGCUUUCCAAAUGCUGGAGUUGCGCCAGAUGUGAUCGCCAGGGUUACCCUUGAGCUUGGUCUAUGCAUGCUGCGGUCCUGUUAUCCUAAUUAUUAAUUCGAUGCAAGCUUUUCAUCUUGAACUUGUGCCUACAUUGCUUUAAUCCUCUUCCAUUUGUCCUCCACGGGCAAAUUGGAUGAGUUGAUGAAGCUGGUCUAAUAACUAGAACACUUGCAACUUAUUAAUUUAUAUAGCUCGUACUGUGGACUUCUUGUACAUGUACUCGAGUGCAUAUGUGUAUCUCAUUGAUGAGAGGAAUAUUUC